AUGGCGCACCUUCCGAGGAGCCGGGCGGCCACCCUUGGGCGCACCGGCGACACGAGCGACGCCGGAGGCGAGGUCGAGCACCGCAUCCUCGCCUCCGCCGAGCAAUCGCUCCUCGCCUCGCUCGCGAAGCAGCGCAUCAGCAACGCCACAGCCCCGCCCAAGAUCUUCGCCAAGACCGUCCUGCGCUCCACCGACGACCCGACGUUCCAGGGCGCGCACUUCGGCGAGGGCGCCGCGGAGGUCCGCGCCCUCUCCGAGAGGGACAACUGCGCCAACCCGUGGGACGGCGUCCAUCGCGUCCUCCCAGGCGUCGCGCACCUGGCGCGGCAGAGGCGCGAGCGGCACGAGAGGGUCGUCGCCGCUUGGACCGGGGAGCGAGCGCGUCUCGCCGACGUCGCCCGCGCGCGCGUCGCGACCGCGGUGAGGGAGCUCCGCGACGCCAUCGCGACGAGCGACGCGUCGCUCGCCAAAGGCACGGGCGUGUACGACGACGACGCGGCGCUCGUGGAGUUGACGUCUGACGACGCGAUUAAGGUUUGGGACGAAUUUGUCGCGACGCGUCUGCGGGACCGACAGCUGUGGAUCGACAACCUGGAGAAGGACGUGGCGUCCGCUGCCACAGAAACGCGGGAGGAGAUGGCGUCCGCGCUGGCGCACACGGUGGACGCGCUGACCGCGGUGGCGCACGUGAGUAGGGGCGACGUGGAGCGAUUCGCGGCGGAGGCGACGAUGGAGAUCAACGCCGACGCCCUCGAGGACCGUCGCGGCGUCGCCGAGCUCCUCGCGCGGUUGCGCACGCGCGAGGUCGAGCUCGAACGAAGCGAACGCGGAAGGUACGACGCCGCGCUCGUUAAGUGGAGGACGCUUCGGACGGAACGCGGCGUAUCGCUCUUCGCGGAGCUGAUCGAAUCGGAGCGCAUGUCGGAUAACCCGGAGCGAGAGGCGAUCACGCGGGAACUGGCGGAGGACCAGGUCAAGGCGAGGGACUCGCUGCUGGCGCACGCCGACGCGUUCAAGGCGUUGCUCCCCGGGGGUUUCGACGGCGAGCCCGGCUCUUUCGACGGCGUCGGUUCGUUAAGCCGGGCGGGUGUGGAGUUGAACCCGGUUGGGGUGAAGCGAUGGGCUGCUGGUCUGUUGGCUCGAUGCGACGCGUGGGACGGGGCGUGCGCGCUCGGUUUAAAACGCCUGGAAACGCUCGAGUCGACGCUGCGCGCCGAGGCUGACGAGGCGCUGGCGACGGUCGUAGCCGCGGUGGAGGAAUACGCCGGGCCGAUCAUGGAUCAGCGUGCCCGCGAGAAGCUGGUGCGCAAACGAUGCGUUCGGGUGUACGAUAAGAGGAACGCGGACGCGUCGGAUUACAUCGAGCGCGUUCGAUCCAUGGUGGAGCCGCAGCGCGUGGAGUGGCGACGCAAGUGCGAGUGCCUGAUGCGAUUCGCGCGGCGCGUCGCGAGGUGUCGCGACGUGCACAGGCGCGAGGCGGAGGCUAUCCACGAGAGCGUUUUCGCUCGGCUCGACGCUCGGAGGGCGGAGCACGAGCGAGUCGACGCGGCCAAGGAGGGGGCUUUCGACGCCGCGUGCGAGGACAUCGCCGUCGCGGCGGACGAGGCGAAGCUGGAGGCGGCGGUGGACGUCGCGCAUCAGAGGCUCGACGACAUCGAGCUCAACUACCGCGACUUUAACGGCGCGAUGGGGGAGAUCGCGAGGUCCAACCCAAAGAGUCAGAGCGAGGCGUGGGAGGAGUAUCAGCGGCGGCUGUGCCUGGUGUUGCGGCUCGUGCCCAACGUGGCGCCCCGGCCGGAACCCGAACCCGAGCCGGAACCCGAGCCGGAAGCCGAGGGAGAUGCCGAGGUGGGUGCCGAAGGCGAGGGGACGACGACCGAGCCCGAGGCCGGGGACAAAGUCGGCGAGGAGGCAAAAGUAAUCGAGCCCGAGAGGGAGAACGACGGCGAGGACGAAGACGAUGAAGACGACGGGGACGAGUCCGCGUGGCGCGAGUCCGACGCCUGGAAGGUCGAGGACGAAAGCGAGGAGGGACGCGAGUGGCUGACGACGUCAUCGGGGACCAGAUUCGCCGUCUGGGACUCCGUCUACGAGCACGUCUUUGCCAAGCCGCCCGAACCGGAGCCGGAGCCCGUCGAGGCAACCCCGACCGACGGAGAGGACGCCGGGGAGACCCCGGCGGAGGCAGAGGCGGCGUCACCCGCGGAAGGCGACGCGGAAGGCGACGGGGACGCCGACGCGGAAUCCGACGACGACCGCGAGCCCAUCCUCGACGACGAGGGCAACCCCGUGCUCGACGACGAGGGUAACCCCACGUUUCACCCUCCGCCGCCGCCGCCGCCGCCGAAACCCAUCCCGCACGUCCAACCCCAACUCGACCUCGCCCAAGCCGACCUCCUCCCCGUGCUCGUCGCCACGCGCGACGCCCUGCUCGACGAUGCGGAGCGGCACCUCGAGCUCGUCCUCGACCGAGCCGAACGCUUCGUCGCGGGCGAAAUCGAGGACCUGCGCGACGAGUUGGAGGAUAACCUCCGAUCGCACAGGCCCCGCGCGGGGCGCCUCGAGGAGACGAACGCGCGAUCGAGGGCGUCGACGCUGGCGAUGCAGCGGAGGAGGUUUGACGCGCACCUGGCGCGGGUGGCGCAGGGCGCGAGGCGCGCGGAGAAUCGCAUGGCGACGGCCAUCGCGUCUGCGGAUGAGGAAAUCGACGCGCAGUGCGCGAAGAUCACCGCGUUGAAGGAAUCGCUCGUGCACGUGGCCUCCACGAAGGGUCUGGACAUUCGCGGGCGCGAGGAACUCCGCGAGCUGGAGCGCAUCAAGGCGCGAUGCGCGCAGACGGUGCGUACGCUCAGGGCGCAGGCUGAGCGGAACAAAACGGCGACGGAGGAGGCUAACGCUUUGUACGUGACCGAGACGCUCAAGACCCGCGAGGAGGGCGGGGAGUACUCCCCCGAGGUUCGCGAGGAGUUCGUGGCGAAGCUCGCGCGCGUGGACGCCGCCGCCGCCGCGACGAAGGAGGAACGCGACGCCACGUUCGACGCCAUGGAGGAACGGGCCACGCAGCUGGCGACUGAGGUUCACGCCGCGUACGAAGAAGCAGCGCCGCACCACCGUAAGGACCUGGAGCUGAUCGAGGCGGUGGACAGGUGCAUGGCGGACGCUAAAUCGCGGCUCAAGGCGCUGCUGACGAACGCGGACGAGGAGGCGGCGUCGCUCGCGAGGGAGAUUGAGCUGGUGCGGGCCAUCGGCGAUAGAGCAAUGUACGUCGCCCCGAAGGACCACUUUGGGAAGUUUCGAGCGCCGAGGGACGAGGGCGUCGCCGUGGACACCCUCCGCAGCCUGGACAGGCUGAGGCGCGUGCUCCUCUCCCGGUGCAAGUUCGUGGGCAUCCUCGCCCCGGACACGAAGAUUGAGCCCCUCGCGGAGGUUUCGUUUAACCUGGAAGACGUCGAGGAGGCGGCGCCGGAUGAGGAGAUUCUGGCCAAAGAGGCGGAGGCGGCGGCUGCCGCGGAGGCGGUCAAGGCUGCGUCCGGGGGUAAGUACCUCAAGGGUUGGCACACCAAGGCGGAGGAGUACCCGACCGUGGUUUCGCAGAUGGACGAGCUCGUGGAGCAGUGCAGGGAGCGGGUCAAGGAAGCGGCGGAGCCCUACUACGCCGACAAGGAAGCCGAUAAGAUCACGCGCCCGGAGAAGAUCCCCGCCAAGCUCGACGACCUCGCCGCGACCAAGGACGCCGUCGUCGCCGAGAUGCGAGCGGACGCGGCGAGGCACGCGGAGGAGGCGGCGGCGACGCUGCGGGUGCAGGUGAUGACCCUGCAGGACCUCGUCAGCAACCAGGUUGAAGCCGCCGCGGAGUAUUUGCUCGAGGAAAGUCGGAGGCGCGUCGCCGAGGCUAUGCACGCGGAGGCGGCGAAGCACUCGGGGGACGCCAAACGGCUGGCGGGCGACAGGCACAGGCACCGCGAUCUCAUGCGGCCGCAGCUGGCGCUCCCGUCGCGCGUCGCCGAGCGGAACGCCCUCGUCGACGCGGAGACUGCGAGGGGCAAAGAGGCGCUCGAGAAGCUGGAGGCGGAAGCAUCCGCCGUCGCGGGCGCCAUCGCGGCGUCCGCCGGGGAAUUCGCGCGCCGGCUCACGCGGAUGUCCAUCGCGCUCGCGACGCUCUGCUCGGACCUGGUCACCCCCGCGGACCUCGCGCCCGACGGCCCGGGAGCCGACGCUCCGAAGGUGCUGACGCGGAAAAACCUCAAGCAGCUCCGUCGAAUGCGCCACGAAGCCGCGGACGGCGGCGAGAAGGGUAAAGCCAAGCGCCGCGACGCCGCGAACGGCGGGCGGCCCCACAAGGAACGAAGGUGGCUGCCGGUGAACGCGGACGAGCUGUCGCCCGAGGCGUGCGGAUACGCUCGCCUCGAGAUUCCGCCGAUGCGAUGGCCGGGUGACCCGCCGCCGUCGCCGCCGCCGCCGCCCGCAGAGCCCGAGGAGGGCGAGGGCGAGGGGGAGCAGGCGCCAGAGCAGGCGACCGACGGCGCCGACGCCGACGCCGACGCCGCCGCGGCCGAGGAGGAGGAGGAGGAAGACGAUGCGCCGAGGGAGGGUGAGGUUUGGGGCCUCGACGUGAUGUCGGUGCAGGUUGCGGUGAACGCGCGAGACAGAGCCUUUGACGAGCUCAGGUCGAGCGUCGCGGAUCACCUGGCGAGCCACGAGAGGAGCAUGAGGAGGCGGUUGCAGGACGAGGUGCUGCACAAGGAGCGGUGGGACCAGCUCGUGACGCGCACCGAGAGCGCGCACUCGUGA